ACACACAUGAGCACAGUCCCAGAUGUCCAGAUGUCUGUGCUGCCACUGAAGACUUGACAAGUUAAAAAGGCUUUGACAACAAUGGCAUGACUGUUACCUUGGCAAUAUGAUGUGUGCUGCCCUCCUACUAGUCAUGUUGGCGUUGCCAUGUCAAGGUCAAGAUGUAUCCUCCUCCUCUUCCUCCUCCUCAGCAUUACCCCGUCGGUCGGCGCUCGUGGUGGAGCCUGAGUCCUUGACGAUACUCUCUGGCCAAUCAGCACGCUUCAACUGCUGCACCGCGGCGACAACACCCUGGGAGAUCAUGCUGUGGCACCUUGACGACGCCACUGUCAUGAUCAUCACCAGGGAAAUCGUGAGCACAAACACAACAGUGUUAUCGGCUGUGAACUACUCCACUCCCGAGGGGCCCUGCUGGGAGAUGACCAUAGAACACUUCACCCGUGGCAAUGCCACGCGACCCCGCCAGGUCAGCUGCGAAAUUUUCUUCGGGCCGAAGAUGACGGCUGAGUUGCAUAUACAAGAGACUGGCAGUGUGGAGCUGAGUGGUGGCAACCUUGACCUCGGUCUGGCGGGUGUCCCUGGCAUAGGUGGCGAUGGUGGCAAUACCGUUGGUGAGGCGAACGGGAUCAUGUCUGUGUCAGUACCCAGUGGGCAGCUGGUGCAGUUCCAGUGUGAGGCUAAUGGCUGGUUCCCUGAGCCUGCCGUGGACUGGCUACUCUCUGGAAAACCCCUCAGCCGAACCAACACCACCAGCACCAGCAUCGGUGAAACGGACCGGAGCUGGAACCAGGACCAGGGCCUGUACAACAUAACAGACACCCUGACUUUGGACUUGUACCGGGGGCUGUACAAUGCCACGAGCACGCUCCUCCUGGUGGCUGGUCCUGGAAGUGACGGUCGCGUGGAGUGCCGGGUGUCUGUUGCUGCCAUGGAGACUCCAUUCAGCAGAGAAUUCGGGCUGUCUAUCGUGGCUGUGGUAGAUGAGGCUACAGAUGAGACGGUGGUGAUGGUGGUGUGCUGCGUGAUGGUCAUCCUUCUGUUGCUCCUCAUCACCACUGGAGUGCUAGUCUACCUCAGGAGGAGACCAUCGGGAAAAGGGCCCUCUCAUCAAGACUCUGUGAGGAUAGAUCAUCACCCUAGUGAGCAGAACUCUGUUGCAGAGGAGACAGAUGGGACGGUGAACGCUGGAUACUCCUCAGAAGGCCUCUCGAGCUUCAUCGACACUGACUUCAGUGUGAGCACGGCGAGUCGUAGGAACAGUGCCAGCACAGUGGAGGUGCGUCCUCCACCUGCCCAGCAUAUAGCAAAUGCUUUCGUCCACCACGCCAUGGUUGUGUACAACAUCUGGAGAGGUUGAUACGCAUGGCCUCCAAGAUCAUUGGCCACAGUCUUCCCACCAUAGCCUUACACUACAACACCAGACUUGCCAGGAAAGCCAAAAAAAUCACCUCUGACCCUAUACACCCAACACACCACCUAUUCAUACUCUUGCCUUCAGGGAAAAGGUACCGCAGUAUCCAAUGCAGCACCACAUACUCUAGGGACAGUACUUAUCCACAAGCCAUCCACCACUUAAAUAUGCACUAGCACUUUACAGCUACUCCACUAUCUGGCCUUCAUAU